CUUAAAUAUCCACAGUAUCCUUCGCCCUUCCCGCCUUGUUGAAGAGAACAGCAGUUAAACGCACAUUUCCGCGCUUGCACGUGGUAUGCAUUGAGAUCGGGUGGUUGACCUUCGAUCUAGUUUGAGUCAUCAUGUUGAUUCAGAUUACCGUACCACGGCCUCGGUGACCGAAGAACGCUGAGUUACACCGCAGCCCGGUAGUUCUACACGCCGUGCAUAAUUACAUGUCUUCAUAGCUUGCACCUCCUGACCCACUGGAGGUGAAGGUUCGUUACGGCGAAAUAUACGUUUCACACAGCGCAAUAUAGCACUGGACAGGGCUGUGUAGGACAUUGGCACACGUUCAUGUACAUGAGCAGUACAUGUAUAGAGAGAUUGUGUAGAGAGAGUUGCGGCGUAAGUGCCACCAUUGUUUGGAACAAACUGAAUGAGGAGUUUACAAGCACCCACAAUCCGGAUUGAGGCUGUGCUGUUACUGUGUGUGAUAGCUGCUGGUACCAUCUACGCUGAAAUUAGACUCAACGUGGAUAAGGGACACUCAAGCUCUACUGGCGACUUUUCCUCGCUCAACAAGCGCAUUCCGGUUGAUGUAGAUUUUGCCACCGGGAAGAUCUCCAUCCAAAAUGUCAGAGAAGACACAGUCUUGACUGGAGCCCUAGCUUCCAGCUCUCCUGGUAGUGUGAAAGGUCAGGAAUGCUUCGGGAGAGGGAACACAAUCUGCUAUCAUUGGAAAGGAAUUGCAGAAGUUCGAAUAGAUUUGGUUGUCACCAGUCAAGAAAACGACUCGCCAUUUUCAUGUGUGCAUGUAGGAUGGGAGUCGUUUGUUGCAGACAUCCCCCUACGAGACUGCUAUUCUCUGGAAGGGGCUCACUGGUAUGGAGCAGCCGAGAAGUAUGAACAGGUAUGGCCCAUAGAAAAAGCCAGUGAAUCAACCGCAAUGUUUGCAUCCACAGACAUUUACGAAAAUCUGAAAGGCUACGGAUCAGUUCUGGACAGGUACUGGUUGUCAUCCCGAGGGGUUGCUAUUCGAGUGAGCCACGAUGCUCCUUUGCAUGUCAGUCUGAAUGAAAACAGCGACGGUAUGUUGUGUUUCCAGAGCACGUAUGACAAUUCCUACUAUCCUAACGAAGAGAACAACUUGCAACUAUUGGAUUAUACGAUCUGUACACAUGACAACGUGCGCCUCGUUCACGACGCGAUUUGGCGCGAAAUGGGACCAGAUGGCGGAAAACCAGCAGGCUUACCAGACGAAAGAAUGUUCAGAUCUCCUAUUUGGUCAUCGUGGGCGAAGUACAAAAUCUUCAUAAAUGACACCGUCAUAAACGCUUAUGCAGAUGAGAUCUUAAGCAAUGGGUUUGGCAACAGCCAACUUGAAAUUGACGAUGGAUUUUCUAUGAAGCAUGGACAACUGGAUUUUGAUCCUGAGAAGUUUCCCGACAUGAAGGACACCGUACAGAAACUUCAUGACAAGGGGUUCCGCGUAACUCUCUGGGUGACCCCGUUUGCUAAUACUGACACCGACGCGUAUCAGGAAGGUAAAGAGAAAGGUUACUGGGUAACAAAAAGGGGGCAGGAUGAGGGCGUGGUCAAGUGGUGGAAUGGCUUGGCCGGGAUGCUCGAUGUCACCAACCCAGAAGCCGUGGAAUGGUUCGUUGGCAGACUAGAAAAACUUCAACAGGAAACCGGGAUCGAUUCCUACAAGUUUGAUGCUGGUGAAAUCAACUACCUUGUCGAGGACUUUGAAACAUACAUACCACUGGUGAACCCUUGCGAGUAUACA